UUCUAAUCAAUUAUAUCCAUAUCCAAGAUUUUUUAUAUUAUGUAAUGGCUUGUAAUGUACAAUAUAACCAUUUCACCUUCCUCUAAUACAAAUUUGUGUUGAUGAAGAAAUGGAUGGUAUUUAUAGUUUUAUUUCUUGUUUUUUCCAAAUCCUGCUAUAUUGAACUGUCUAUAGAAUUUAAUGGAUGUUAACAUCUACAAUGAACACAUGGUGGGCGAUUUGUUAUCAUACAAUAAAAGACAUCUUUAUAGAUAUUUAUUGAAAAAUAUAUAGGUGUCCAAAAAACCUAAUAAAAAUCGGACAAACACAAUAUGAGUGGAGCUGUAUACGGAGGAGAUGAAGUUGGAGCUUUGGUUUUUGAUAUUGGACAUAACACUGUGAGGGCGGGUUAUGCAGGAGAAGAUAGUCCUAAAGUUGAUAUUCCAUCAACUAUUGGAGUGUGGUUAGAUUCAGAAGAUGACGUUACACAAACACGAUACAAUAUUGGUCUAUUGGGAAUACAUGUUUGGAGGCCAGAAAUGGAACUAGUUUCUUUCUUGAAAGAAGGUAUGGUUGAAAAUUGGGAUAUGUUUGAAAAUUUUUUGGAUUAUAUCUAUAACCAGGCACUAAGGGCAGUGCCAAAAGAUCAUCCUAUAUUAUUGACUGAACCUCCUUGGAUUACUCCUCCUAAAAGGGAGGAGAUGGCUGAAUUGAUGUUUGAAAAAUAUGGAGUCCCGGCAGUAUACUUAGCUAAAAAUGCCAGCUUGGCUGCUUUCGCAAAUGGCAGACCUACAUGUUUAGUAGUUGAUAGCGGUGCAACUCACACUUCAGCAGUACCAGUACAUGACGGAUAUGUUUUGACACAAGCAGUAGUGAAAUCACCAGUUGGUGGUGACUAUUUAAGCAUCCAGUGUAGACAACAUUUGACAGAAAGAGGUAUUGAAAUUAUACCUCCAAGUAUGGUUGCAUCUAAAGAACUUACCAAGCCCGAGGAGUCACCCAUAUGGAAAAAAAGAAUAAUACCUACUAAGUUGACAGAAUCUUGGUUUAAUUUCAUGAUUAAGGAAGUAAUGCAAGAUUUCCAAGCUUCAGUUCUGCAAGUUUCGGAUGUGUCAUACGAUGAAGAAAUUGUAAAAACUAUGCCUGCGAAUCAUUAUGAAUUUCCCAAUGGAUAUCAUAGAGAUUUUGGCGUUGAACGUUUUAAGAUACCAGAACCACUUUUUAACCCUACAACUGGUGCUAAAGCAGGGAUUCAACCAAUACUAGGAGUUGGUUCUUUAGUAACUACAAGUGUUGGAAUGUGUGAUAUCGACAUUAGACCGGCAAUGUAUGGAAGCGUUGUAGUCACAGGUGGAAAUUCCAGUCUUCAAGGUUUCACAGAGAGACUCAACAGAGACUUAGCAGCUAAAACACCUCCUAGUAUGCGUUUGAAAAUAAUCAGUGCUCCAGGAGCCUCAGAACGCAGAUUCGGCGCUUGGACUGGGGGCUCUAUUCUUAGCUCGCUCGGAUCGUUCCAACAACUUUGGGUCUCCAAGCAAGAGUAUGAAGAAAGUGGUAAAAUAAUUGUCCAAUCAAAAUGUUUGUAAAAUGGUUCUAAACUAAUUUUUUAUUUUUGAUCUCUAUAAUAUGUAGAUUAAUUUCGGUGCUUUUCUUUAAUUUAAUUUUCAAUUUUAAGUAGAAUAUUUAUUUAUUAGAAAAAGAGUAGAUACUGCAAUUUUUUGUUAGAAAUUUUGAAUUUUAUCCACUGACUGAAUUUAAUUGAAAUCAGUGUUGUCAUGUUAUAGAACAAAAUGAAUAUGUUGAUACAACAAAAAAUUUAUUUUUUUAACUAAUGUUUAAUACAUUUUCAUCAACAUAUUCAACUAAUUAUGUUUCCUACAAGGCUGUUUUUUUUUAUUUUAUAGUGCUAAUUUUUUAAAAUUGUGAUAGAUAAUCAACCCUAUGUUCAUAUAAAAAUUCAUUUUUAUUCAAUUUUAUUAGUUAUUUAAGAAUAAUUUCAUGAUUAUUUGUCUAUAUAUAAAUACUGUAUUGAAACCAACCAAGAAAAAUAGUUAGUACUCGAUUUUUUUUAGUGUUUUUCAAAAAAAUUCAUUUUUUGGCUAUAUAUUGAACUACAGUGCGCACUGCUCCAUUAACUACUGCAUUCAAAAAGCUUAUAUCGCUCUGAGCCCCUUGCCUUGAAAAAUCUUCUUUUAAGAUUGAACAUAAAAAUUUGAUUAGCACCUUGUAUGUCGGCUCCUGUCAAGUGUCUUGUAAUAUCAGUAUUGUUACAAUUAACACAUGGUGCAAAUACACGGUGUUGAAAAUUUCCAGUAUUUAUGACGUUUUGGAGACUAAUCCUAGUGAUUAACCAACUAAACUACGAUCUCCAUCACGAAUUUCUCAUUUAAUAAUUAUAUCACUGGAUAUGGUUCCGCACAACCCCUCGAACUGGGAGGCAGAAAUACCGCAUCUCAAUUGAGGGGAAUAAUGUAAUAGAGGACACUACGUCACACAUUCUUUGAAAUCUUUCGCAACAUUCCGAGAACGAUAUCAAGAUUUCACCUAGCGGACAAAGUGGUUCUGCUGGGUGAAAUAUCUGACUGUCAGGAGUGCAGAUUCUGUGUAAUAGAGAAGGACACUACGUCACACAUUCUUUGAAAUCUUCCAUAACAUUCUGAGAACGAUAUCAAGAUUUCACCUAGCGGACAAAGUGGUUCUGCUGGGUGAAUCUUGAUUGGAAGUAACAAAAAAUUUUUGAAAAUGUUUUUGGGUACAAAAAUAAUAGGCUGUCGUUGGAAGUACAUCUGAAUAAGUUUAGUAUUAACUAUAUAAAGCACUUGUACACGCUGUAUUUCCAAGAAGAUAAUUACAAGAGGUCCUAUUGAAUGAAUAAUUUUGGAGACAAAUUCUGGUGACCACGCAACUGAACUGCAACCUCCAUCAUAAAUCUUUUAUUUAAUAAUGUUUCGAACGACCCCUCAAGCUCGGCGGCAAAAAUACUGCAGCUAAAUUGAGGGGAGUCAAGGCGACAGUUCCAUCUUCCAUAACAUUCUGAGAACGAUAUCAAAAUUCCAUCUACCGGAUAACGUGGUUCUUCUGAGUGAAAUCUCGUACUGCCAGCCGUGCAGAUUCUGGGUAAUAGAGAAGGACACUACGUCACACAUUCUUUGAAAUCUUUCGCAACAUUCCGAGAACGAUAUCAAGAUUUCACCUAGCGGACAAAGUGGUUCUGCCGAGUGAAAUAUCUUACUGGCAGGCGUGCAGAUUCCGUGUAAUAGGGAAGGACACUACGUCACACAUUCUUUGAAAUCUUUCGUAACAUUCCGAGACCGAUAUCAAGAUUUCACCUAGCGGACAAAGUGGUUCUGCUGGGUGAAAUAUCUGACUGUCAGGCGUACAGAUUCUGGGUAAUAGAGAAGGACACUACGUCACACAUUCUUUGAAAUCUUUCGCAACAUUCCGAGAACGAUAUCAAGAUUUCACCUAGCGGACAAAGUGGUUCUGCCGAGUGAAAUAUCUUACUGCCAGGCGUGCAGAUUCCGUGUAAUAGGGAAGGACACUACGUCACACAUUCUUUGAAAUUUUCCAUAACAUUCUGAGAACGAUAUCAAGAUUUCACCUAACGGACAAAGUGGUUCUGCUGUAUGAAAUAUCUGACUGUCAGGCGUGCAGAUUAUGAGUAAUAGAGAUGGACCUUACGUCACACAUACUUUGAAAUCUUUCGCAACAUUCCAAGACCGAUAUCAAGAUUUCACCUAGCGGACAAAGUGGUUCUGCUGGGUGAAAUAUCUGACUGUCAGGCGUACAGAUUCUGGGUAAUAGAGAAGGACACUACGUCACACAUUCUUUGAAAUCUUUCGCAACAUUCCGAGAACGAUAUCAAGAUUUCACCUAGCGGACAAAGUGGUUCUGCCGAGUGAAAUAUCUUACUGCCAGGCGUGCAGAUUCCGUGUAAUAGGGAAGGACACUACGUCACACAUUCUUUGAAAUUUUCCAUAACAUUCUGAGAACGAUAUCAAGAUUUCACCUAACGGACAAAGUGGUUCUGCUGUAUGAAAUAUCUGACUGUCAGGCGUGCAGAUUAUGAGUAAUAGAGAUGGACCUUACGUCACACAUACUUUGAAAUCUUUCGCAACAUUCCAAGACCGAUAUCAAGAUUUCACCUAGCGGACAAAGUGGUUCUGCUGGGUGAAAUAUCUGACUGUCAGGCGUACAGAUUCUGGGUAAUAGAGAAGGACACUACGUCACACAUUCUUUGAAAUCUUUCGCAACAUUCCGAGAACGAUAUCAAGAUUUCACCUAGCGGACAAAGUGGUUCUGCCGAGUGAAAUAUCUUACUGCCAGGCGUGCAGAUUCCGUGUAAUAGGGAAGGACACUACGUCACACAUUCUUUGAAAUUUUCCAUAACAUUCUGAGAACGAUAUCAAGAUUUCACCUAACGGACAAAGUGGUUCUGCUGUAUGAAAUAUCUGACUGUCAGGCGUGCAGAUUAUGAGUAAUAGAGAUGGACCUUACGUCACACAUACUUUGAAAUCUUUCGCAACAUUCCAAGACCGAUAUCAAGAUUUCACCUAGCGGACAAAGUGGUUCUGCUGGGUGAAAUAUCUGACUGUCAGGCGUGCAGAUUCUGUGUAAUAGAGAAGGACACUACGUCACACAUUCUUUAAAAUCUUUCGCAACAUUCCGAGAACGAUAUCAAGAUUCCACCUAGCGGACAAAAUGGUUCUGCUGGGUGAAAUAUCUUACUGGCAGGCGUGCAGAUUCCGUGUAAUAGGGAAGGACACUACGUCACACAUUCUUUGAAAUCUUUUGCAACAUUCCGAGACCGAUAUCAAGAUUUCACCUAGCGGACAAAGUGGUUCUGCUGGGUGAAAUAUCUUACUGUCAGGCGUGCAGAUUCCGUGUAAUAGAGAAGGACACUACUUCACACAUUCUUUGAAAUCUUUCGCAACAUUCCGAGACCGAUAUCAAGAUUUCACCUAGCCGACAAAGUGGUUCUGUUGGGUGAAAUAUCUGACUGUCAGGCGUGCAGAUUCUGUGUAAUAGAGAAGGACACUACGUCACACAUUCUUUGAAAUAUUUCGCAACAUUCUGAGAACGAUAUCAAGAUUUCACCUAGCGGACAAAGUGGUUCUGCUGGGCGAAUCUUGAUUGGAAGUAACAAAAAAUUUUUGAAAAUGUUUUUGGGUACAAAAAUAAUAGGCUGUCGUUGGAAGUACAUCUGAAUAAGUUUAGUAUUAACUAUAUAAAGCACUUGUACACGCUGUAUUUCCAAGAAGAUAGUUACAAGAGGUCCUAUUGAAUGAACAGCCAGACCUGAAUUCCUCGGACUAUAAUAUUUACAUAUCCUCAAGUCAAUCUUGGCUUUCAGGAAUUGAAAAUUUCCAGUGUUUAUAAUUUUGGAGACAAAUUCUGGUGACCACGCAACUGAACUGCAACCUCCACCAUGAACCUUUUAUUUAAUAAUGAUAUCACUGGAUAUAUAGUUUCGAACGACCCCUCAAGCUAGGCGGCAAAAAUACUGCAGCUAAAUUGAGGGGAGUCAAGGCGACAGUUCCAUCUUCCAUAACAUUCUGAGAACGAUAUCAAAAUUCCAUCUACCGGAUAACGUGGUUCUUCUGAGUGAAAUCUCGUACUGCCAGCCGUGCAGAUUCUGGGUAAUAGAGAAGGACACUACGUCACACAUUCUUUGAAAUCUUUCGCAACAUUCCGAGAACGAUAUCAAGAUUUCACCUAGCGGACAAAGUGGUUCUUCUGUGUGAAAUAUCUGACUGUCAGGCGUGCAGAUUAUGAGUAAUAGAGAUGGACACUACGUCACACAUUCUUUGAAAUCUUUCGCAACAUUCCAAGACCGAUAUCAAGAUUUCACCUAGCGGACAAAGUGGUUCUGCCGGGUGAAAUAUCUUACUGUCAGGCGUGCAGAUUCCGUGUAAUAGAGAAGGACACUACGUCACACAUUCUUUGAAAUCUUUCGCAACAUUCCGAGACCGAUAUCAAGAUUUCACCUAGCGGAGAAAGUGGUUCCGCUGGGUGAAAUAUCUGACUGUCAGGCGUGCAGAUUCUGUGCAAUUGAGAAGGACACUACGUCACACAUUCUUUGAAAUCUUUCGCAACAUUCCGAGAACGAUAUCAAGAUUUCACCUAGCGGACAACGUGGUUCUGCUGGGUGAAAUAUCUGACUGUCAGGCGUGCAGAUUCUGUGUAAUAGAGAAGGACAUAUGUCACACAUUCUUUGAAAUUUUCCAUAACAUUCUGAGAACGAUAUCAAGAUUUCACCUAGCGGACAAAGUGGUUCUGCUGGGUGAGAAUACUUAUUGUCAGGCGUGCAAAUUCUGUGUAAUAGAGAAGAACACUACGAUACACAUUCUUUGCAACCUUUUGUAACACUCUAAGAAAAACAUUAGGAUUUCACCUAGGGGUUAAAGUGGUUCUGCUGGGUGAAUCUUGUAAAUUUCGAGUUUUCUUUGUUUGCUUGAUCACAAAGCGAGGCGUGCAGAUUCUGUGGAAUAGUGAAAGACACUAUGUCAUACAUUCUUUGAAAUAUUCCACAACAUUCCGAGAACGAUAUCAAGAUUUCACCUAGCGGACAAAGUGGUUCUGCUGGCUGAAAUCUCGUACUGUCGGGCGUGCAGAUUCUGUGUAAUAGAGAAGGACACUACGUCACACAUUCUUUGAAACUUUUUGUGUAACACUUCAAGAACAAUAAUAAGGUUUCACCUAGCGGACAAUGUGGUUCUGCUGGGCGAAUCUUGUAAAUUUCGAGUUUUAAUUUGUUGGCACACUGUAGAUCACCAGCCAGGCUUAGGUUUCUACAAUUACAGCAAUCUAUUAAUCAUAGGUUUUGAACAAACUGCAGCUGAUUCCUGCUUUAGUUAUAAACGAAAGAAUUGGUUGGUUUUGAAUAAAAUAUUUAUAUAUAGUUUAAAUAAAAUGAUUAUUUUUGUCUACUUUUUCUGUUGGUAUCAUGCAUGUUGUGUAUUAUCAAAUCCAAUUGUACCUUUCUUGUCUCAAUGUUAUAUUUUUUACUUUUGUAACAAGGUGCAUUUAUUUGGACUAAUUUUAAUAAGUCAUUUUGAAAGUGAUGUUCCUAUUAGUGUUCAUUUGUUUAGCUUUAAAAAUUUUGAAAGUCUGAUUUUUUAUAUUUUGAAAAUAUCUUUGUAUCAUUAUUUACAUUCUAUUGUGCCAAUAAACGUAAC